AGCGGCGAAUCAUUAAACGAGUUCAGAUCAUUCCUUUUAACAGUUCUCACUUCUGAGAUUUUCACACGGAUGAGAGAUUCAAGACUCGGAAAUCGGAAUCGUAGAACCGUGGGAAGGAAGAGUCAGAAGAAGAAUGGGGAAAUCUCCAGGCGCUUGGACUGGAAUGCGGAAGAAGAGAUGGCCAUUGAUGAUUCUGCUGCUCUUCUCACUGUCUACAGCUACGGUUUUCUUCAUUAGAUCCGCCUUCGAUUCUUGCUCCAUUAGCUCAAGUUCUGAAGCUAGCAUUGGCAGACACUUCUCUGAAGAAAAAGGAACGGAAAUCACUGACACAGAAGUUAGCAAAACUGCUCAAUCACUGAAACCGAAUCCGCUCGAUUUCAUGAAGUCCAAGCUCGUUCUCUUGGUCUCUCAUGAACUAUCUCUUUCUGGUGGACCUUUGUUGUUGAUGGAACUUGCGUUUCUGUUGAGAGGAGUUGGCGCUGAGGUUGUUUGGAUCACUAAUCAGAAACUGACGGAAUCUGAUGAAGUGAUCUAUAGUUUGGAGCAUAAGAUGUUGAAUCGAGGAGUGGAGGUCUUCUCUGCUAAAGGUCAGAAAGCUAUAGACACAGCUCUUAAGGCUGAUUUGGUUGUUUUGAAUACUGCAGUUGCUGGAAAGUGGUUGGAUGCUGUUCUCAAGGAAAAUGUUCCCCAUGUCCUCCCCAAGGUCCUCUGGUGGAUUCAUGAAAUGCGAGGGCAUUAUUUCACACUAGAGUAUGUUAAGCACCUCCCUUUUGUUGCAGGUGCCAUGAUUGAUUCACAUACAACAGCAGAAUACUGGAAGACUAGGACACAAGAGCGUCUAGGGAUAAAAAUGCCUGAUACAUAUGUCGUUCACCUUGGAAAUAGCAAGGAACUGAUGGAAGUAGCUGAAGAUCAUGUGGCCAAGAGAGUUCUUCGUGAGCAUGUUCAGGAAUCUCUUGGAGUGCGAAAUGAAGAUCUGCUCUUUGCUCUUAUAAAUAGUGUUUCGCGGGGCAAAGGUCAGGAUUUAUUUCUCCAUGCCUUUCAUGAAAGUUUGCAGUUGAUCCAGGAGAAGAAACUACAGGUGCCAUCUUUGCAUGCAGUAAUUGUGGGAAGUGACAUGAAUGCUCAGAUGAAGUUUGAAACAGAACUACGUAACUUUGUAUUGGAGAAGAAAAUUCAUGACCGUGUCCACUUUGUUAAUAAAACCUUGGCAGUAGCUCCCUAUUUGGCUUCUAUUGAUGUUCUUGUUCAGAACUCUCAGGCCCAUGGAGAGUGUUUUGGGAGAAUAACCAUAGAAGCUAUGGCCUUUCAGCUCCCUGUACUGGGCACUGCAGCUGGAGGCACCAUGGAGAUAGUGGUGAAUGGAACAACAGGCCUGUUGCAUCCAGUUGGGAAAGAAGGCGUGACACCACUUGCAAAUAACAUUGUGAAAUUAGCCACACAUGUAGAAAAGAGACUGACAAUGGGAAAGAAAGGAUACGAGAGGGUGAAAGAGAGGUUCUUGGAGCACCACAUGUCCGAGAGAAUUGCCUUUGUUCUAAAGGAGGUGUUGCGGAAGGCAAACAGCCACUCUCAUGCUUGACUUGUUAGAAUGCUUUCAUCACUUGAGAAGAAAAAAAAAAAAAAAAAAAAAACUCUCCUCCCUUCCAGUGACGGACGAUUUCUCAUUCAAAGUCGACAAUAUCACAAGGUCAACUCUCCUACCCCACGGAAUUUUUUUGUACAUUAUGUAACAGGGAUUUGGUAAAUACAAAAGAUGAGUUAUA